AUGGUCAAGAUUACAAUACGUUUGGUCGGCGAAGAUAAUGAUAAAGUAUUCAAGAGGAUUGAGUUGGAUCCACAGAUUCAUGUCGAUGACCUGGUGAAGAAGAUCGAAAGUGUGACGAAUAUUCCACCCGAAUUUCAACAAAUCAAAUUCCGUGGUGAUGAGCUACCCGAUGUUGAGCGUCCUCUUCAAGACAUAAAGUUUGGCGAGGAACUCGUUGUGAGUCAUUCUUCAUUGCCUCAGUGGAAUGUCUUCCUGAUCGCUUCAAAUAUUCCACCCCAUAUUCCACAUGAAACCAAGAAAAAACAAGUGAACGAAGCAUCGAACAUCUUGCUACGGUUAUACAAGGAUGGAUUUUUUGCGACGUACGCGGAUUUUGCAAUUCGUCGGAUCAAGUUUAAUCGGGAAUUCUCCCGAAUUCUGGACGAUUAUGACGAAUCCAUCAAACGGGCAAUAGAACGUUAUUUCACUGCCCUACUCGAGAAGAAUCCAGCUAAUCCAACGUUGACAUUUCGCUACUCGGAAAAGCCGGUGAAAGGUAUUCAGGCCGGAUUUGUUUGCACGGUGGACUGUGGUCAGACCGCUCAAAGAUAUUUCGUGAAAGGCCAUUCUGGAAUGUCAUCGCGUCAAAAUGUGGAUUUGAGGGAGAUCUUCGUCUACCGGCUAUUGUUUCACAUUGGUGUUGGACCGCCUGUCCAUAUUGUUCCUAAUUGUCAUACGUCUGCUAUUGCUGUCUACAUCGCAACUUUGGAAGUCGCCAACUUCAACUCAUCGCAUAAUACAAAGCUUCCUUUGAAAGCGGAAAUCAUGCUGGAUUUGAUCAAGAGCCGUAUGUUCUCCGAUCGAGCUGAAACUUGGCUAUAA